CAACUUUCUCUCUAUACCUUUCAUUCUAAGCAAAGAGACAAAGGCCAUGUUGCAGCAGUGACUUUGUAGUUGUAGAUGAUGGCAUUGGGAAGGAGAGGAUUGUUUGAUCUUGAAAAGCAUUUUGGGUUCUACGGAGCAUACCACAGAAACCCAGUUAACAGAGCAAUCCAUGUGUUGUUUGUGUGGCCAAUUUUCUUCUCAGCCCUUCUCAUCCUUCACUUCUUCCCUCCCUUUUUCUAUCUUCCAAACUUUGAGUUUUCUCUUUGGAGGAACAAUGUCAUCUUGGUUUGGAACGUUGCUUUCCUCGUUGCUUUGCUUUACUCUCUUUUCUAUGUUGCUUUGGAUCUCAAAGCUGGUUCUCUCGCUGCUCUGCUUUCUGCCCUUUCUUGGAUGGAAAGUAGCUUUCUUGCAACCCAACUUCGCUGGUCUCUGGCUUGGAAGGUUGUUCUGGUGGUUCAACUAGUAUGUUGGACACAGCUUUUUAUUGGUCACGGUAUAUUUGAGAAAAGAGCACCUGCCCUUUUGGAUAACAUCAUUCAGGCCUUUGUAAUGGGUCCUUUCUUUGUAUUGCUAGAGGUUCUCCACACUUUAUUUGGUUAUGAGCCAUAUCCAGGAUUUCAUUCAAAAGUGCAAGCAAAAGUUGAAGCCAACAUCAAUGAAUGGCAAGAAACUAAGCAGAAACUAUAUUAGGUUGGUGUAUCUGCACAACUUAAAUAAUCUCCCACAAACACAGGAAGAAGGGAAGCUAAAAAUGAAUAAAUGAUCAUAUAUGUGUGCAUUGUACUGAUACAUAUGCAUUGAACUGAUAUAGUUCAUCCUAUUGACUUUAUUAUUACCAAUAUUAUGUCACA